AUGAGCAUGGCCUUCUUGUCGCCAUCCAUGAUAAGUUAUCUAGCCUUGUCGCUAGUUGCAUUGGAUAGCAUACCUGCUAUCCAAAGUAUCGCGCAACGUAUCACGCGCAAAGCUCCGGAGCACGAAUCGUCACAACUAGCUAAAGAUGCUUACUGCGACGAGGACGGUGAGGCGACCGAGGCAUCACUCCGCGCGUUCUCCGACAAAUGGCAAAGAAUCACGAUCGUAUUGUCCUCCAUUACUGGAUUGCUGGUGACGCUCGCAUUGGCCAUUUUUACGACCUUGAAACUCUUUGUUGAACAUUACACGCCAUUGAUCUGGCUGCAGUUCGGGGUAUGGAUUCUGCUAGUUAUUCAAGCUAUUGCAUUUUUCACUGAACCCCGACCGACAAGGCGCUAUAUUCUCGGCCACUUCGCCUUCUGGGGAAGUAUCAUCACACUCGCAGUUCCGGGGAUCGAACUGGGCAUCCUUAUACUCUCUCGCCGCCCCUUUCCCUAUGGGUCAAUUUGGCACGGGCUGCAGCUGCUUCAAAUUGCCAGCGCGGCACUUCGCGCCGUCUUCUGUGUCCUGCUACCUCGUCGCCCAGAUGUUUAUCACGAUGGCAUGUUGGUUGAGCAGGAGCUCUCUGUCUCACUUCUUAGUCGCUUCACGUUUACCUGGGCUGGUCAAUUGAUCGGCCGCAGAACGGAGAAGACCCUGGAACUCGACCACAUCCCCAAGCUUGUGGCAACGAAACGUGCUGGUGUGCUCCGAAAGGAAUUUGAGAAUGCUAGACAGAAUCGAAACCUAUGGAGAGGACUUAUCUCCGCCCAUUCAGGGUCAAUUUUCGCCCAGCUUUCCCUUUCUCUGUUGACCUGCUUUUUGAGUUUUGGGCCUCAGCUCGCUUUGCUGCAGAUAUUGAGAACCUUGGAGCUCCGUGAUACCCCGUACUGGAAUGAGGGGGCGUCAUAUCUUUGGGUACUGGCUUUGGGUGGACUGAUGUUCACAGGGUCGAGUGUUGAGGCAUGGCUGUACUGGGUGGUCGAGUCUAGACUUGUAGUUCCGGUCUAUGCGGAGCUAACAGCUGUCGUGUUCGCCAAGGCUAUGCGGCGAAAGGAUGCCAAGAAUACAAAGAAAGCAAAAGAUGGAGCGGAUACUCCCAACAAAGAUCUCACUGAGGCUGAGCAGGCGGAGGAAGAUGAGGAAGAUGCACUGAAAAAGAGCCGACAGGGCAUUAUCAACCAUGCGGCAGUGGACGCUCGUCGCAUUGCCGACUUCGCUUCGAUGAACUACCUGAUUCCCCAGGCAAUGCUCAGAAUCAUCCUUGGCGCCACUUUCUUGGUCCAAAUCCUCGGUUGGCGCAGUGCCUUCGCGGGUCUUUCAGUAGCUGCUCUCUUAGCACCUCUGAAUGUCCUUCUCGCGGGAAAGCUUUCGAGCGCCCAGGAUCGAUUGAUGAAAUCCCGCGAUCAGAAAUUGGCAAUCGUCACUGAAGUUUUGCAGGGAAUCAGACAAAUCAAAUUCUCGGCCCUGGAGGAGCAAUGGCAAGAGCGUGUCCGCGAGGCACGAGAGACCGAGCUUGGAGCCUUGUGGGCCGCCUUUCGUGCUGAUAUUGGCCUGCUUGCGAUGUGGAUUUUCGGCCCUGUCGGACUAUCUGCCAUUUCGCUGGCUACGUAUGUCCUUAUUCAUGGCAACCUGACUCCUUCUGUGGCCUUCACAGCUAUGGCUAUCUUUGGUUCUCUCGAGGUGGCACUGGCUAUCAUCCCAGAGCUCAUGUCGAUGGGUCUGGAGGCGAACGUCAGCGCGGAGCGUAUCGACAAAUUCCUCGCAACUUCCGAAAGAGUCGUCAACACUGUUCCCGCGGAUCACAUUGCUUUCGAGGAGGCCUCCGUCUCAUGGCCUGCGGAGGAAGAAGAGAACCAAGAUUCAGAUGAUCAGUUCGUUCUGCGUGAUAUCACCUUAAAGUUCCCGCCGAAAGGUCUGAGCGUGGUAUCCGGUCGAACUGGCUCUGGGAAGAGCCUGCUUCUCGCAUCUAUCUUGGGCGAAUGUGAUGUGCUCGCUGGCACACUGAAGGUUCCUGUGCCACCUCCUAUUGCAGACCGUUUCGAUCACCUGGCGACAAAGGCAAAUUGGAUUAUCGACUCGGCCAUUGCAUAUGUUGCGCAGAUCCCAUGGAUAGAGAACGCUUCAAUCAAAGCAAACGUUCUCUUUGGACUCCCAGAUGACCCAGAGCGCUACCAAAAGGUCAUUUUUGCAUGCGCUCUGGAGAAGGACUUCGAGAUGAUGCCAGACGGCGACCAGACCGAUAUUGGAGCAAACGGUGUCAAUAUGAGCGGCGGCCAACGUUGGCGUGUCUCUUUCGCCCGAGCAUUGUAUUCUCGGGCCGGAAUCCUGAUUAUGGAUGACAUUUUCAGCGCUCUCGAUGCCCACACAGGUCGUCACGUUUUCGAACAUGCUCUGACUGGUGAGCUGGGCCAAAACCGAACCCGCAUUUUGGUCACUCAUCAUGUUGCCCUUUGUCUUCCUCGUACGGAGUACUCUGUGCUCUUGGAAAAUGGUCGCGUCAAAUAUGCAGGUACCAUUGAUGAUCUAAGGGAGUCUCAUCAUCUAGAGGAUAUUCUUCGCGAGGAACAGGCCGCAGAAGAGGCGGAUCAGAUUGCAGAUGCAGAGAACAAUGAACUGCUCAAACUUAACCCCGACGAUACAGCCCUCCACAAGAUCAUGUCAAAUAAAUCCCACCGGAGACCGAGCUCGGCUGCCAAUGGCCGAACUCCCAACGGAGAUGCAGGUGUUACUCCACAACAGAGCUUUGCACCGAAGAAGUUUGUCGAGGACGAAAAACGCGAGACCGGCGCUGUGCGGCUAUCGGUUUAUUUUGCCUUCAUGAGAGAAGGUGGAUCCUUGGCCUUCUGGAUGGUGACUCUGUUGGUUUAUGUGUCAUGCUCUUUCCUCAUGAUUGGACGGGCUUGGUGGAUCAAUGUCUGGACAAGCUCAUCAUCGAAUGCCCAGGCCCACCCUGAGAGAUAUGAAGUUUUGUUGCAACAUACCAUUCAACCAACGGCACCGGUCCAACAAGAUGACAAACUCUUCAUGUACCUUGGAGUAUAUGUCGCCAUCUCCAUGGCAACAUGUAUAGCCGGUACAGUCCGUUAUUGGUUCACAUUUUCAGCGUCAGUUCGGGCCUCGAGGAACCUGUUCAAUGCCUUAAUCUACAGUGUUCUUCGCGCACCACUCCGAUGGCUGGACACUGUCCCACUGGGACGCAUCCUAAACCGUUUCACAGCCGAUUUCCACUCAAUCGAUUCGAGAAUUGGCUACGACAUCUCGUUCUUCGUUAUCAAGAUGCUAGACGUUUUCUCUAUCUUGAUUGCGGGAAUUCUCGUCGACUGGAUGGUGAUCGUAUUCGCCCUAGUCCUGCUGGGAAUAUGCUUGAAGUUGUCCAUAGCUUACCUCGUCGGUGCCCGUCAAGUCAAGCGCCUCGAGAGCACCGCAAAAAGCCCUGUUUUCGAGCAAUUUGGAUCCAGUCUUGCUGGUCUGGUCACAAUCCGUGCCUUCAGCAAAGCAGACACUUACAUCGGAACCAUGUACACUAAGGUCAACCGCCACGCCCAAGCAUGGUGGACAUUACGUCUGCUCAACCGCUGGCUCUCGUUCCGGAUGAGUAUCGCCGGCGCUAUUUUCGCAACUGUCACUGCUGGUCUCGUGGUUUAUGUUCCGAGCAUCACCGCUUCGCUUGCGGGCUUUGCUCUGAGCUUCGCGUUGCAGUAUAACAACGCCAUCACGUUUGCCCUGCGGCAAUACGCCAACAUUGAACUAGAAAUGAACGCUACUGAGCGCAUCAUCGAGUAUUCCGAGAUAGAAAUCGAGAACCAAGGAGGAGCUGAUGCACCCGCCGCUUGGCCUACGGAGGGUCGCCUGGAGGUCCACGAUCUUGUGGUCGGCUACGCACCGGAUCUACCGCCAAUUCUUAACGGCCUGAGUUUCUCAAUCGAGCAAAACCAGCGAGUGGGAGUCGUCGGACGCACUGGUGCUGGCAAAUCCUCUUUGACCCUUGCGCUGUUCCGAUUCCUCGAGGCUCGCUCUGGCCAAAUCUUCAUCGACGGACUGGACAUCUCCAAGAUCAAACUUCACGACCUCCGCAGCCGACUCGCAAUUAUCCCUCAAGACCCAGUGUUAUUCUCUGGUACUGUGCGGUCGAACCUCGAUCCCUUCGACGCAUACACCGAUACAGAGCUCUACGAUGCGCUCGCACGCGUGCAUCUCAUCUCCGAAGCGGACGACGACGAGCUCACCCUCACAUCGCGCACUGCUACGCCCCGACAGCCUGGAACAGGCGCCUCAACACCGGCGACUGCGCAGAAGUCGAAUGCCAAUGUCUUCACCUCUCUAUCGGCGACUAUCUCCGAGGGCGGCCUCAACCUCUCCCAAGGCCAGCGCCAGCUUCUUUGUCUCGCGCGUGCUAUCGUUUCACAGCCCAAGAUCAUGGUUUUGGACGAAGCCACCUCUGCCGUGGAUAUGGAGACCGAUGCGUUAAUUCAGCAGUCUAUCCGUGCGGAAUUUGGCCGCAAUGCUACCACGCUGCUGGUCAUUGCUCACCGGCUUAGCACAAUUGCGGACUUUGACCGUAUUCUUGUUAUGGAUGCCGGGAAGGCUGCGGAGUUCGGGUCACCCAAGGACCUCAUGACUAUUGAGGGCGGUGUCUUUAGGAAUCUCGUUGAGAACAGUGGGGAGAAGGAAGUGGUGGAAAGGAUGAUCUUUGAAAAUUGA